AUGAAGGACAAUGAGAAGAUACUUGAUUACAUCUCUAGAGUGAUUCUAAUCAAUAAUGAGAUGGAAUCUUGUAGAGAAACUUUGUUAGAACAAGUAAUCAUUGAGAAUCUAUUGAGAUAUCUUACUCCUCAAUUUGAUUACAUUGUUGUAGUAAUUGAACAUUCUAAAUACCUAGGAACUAUGAGGAUUGAAGAGCUGCAGAGUAGUCUAGAGAAGUUUGGUCACUUUGCCGCUGACUGUUGGUCAAAUAAGGGAAGGAAAUCAGAAAAAGCAAACAUAGCUAGAGGAGAUUAUGAUGAUGAACCUGUGUUAUUGAUGGCUUCUGAAUUUGAUGGUGCGUAUUUGGUAUACUGGUGGUAUAUGGACACUGGCUGCUCAGAUCACCUAAUUAGAAACAAACAAUGGCUGGUUGAUUUUGACUUUAGAAAGAAGACAACGAUCAGAUGUCCUGAUGAUAAAUACCUUAAAGCUAAAGGUAUGGGAAAUGUCAAAGUCAAGGUAAAGAAUGGUAAAACAGUUAUGAUCAAGGAUGUUUGGUAUGUUCCUGGAAUGAAGAGCAAUCUGAUGAGUGGAAGCAACAUAACAUUAAAGGUGAAUAUGGAGAUAGCUGAAACUAAAUGCCUUAGUGCAGAAGGCGCUAAAGGUGAUAGUGAAUUGUGGCGCAAGAGAUUGAGGCAUCUUAAUUUCAUAUUCUUAGGGCAUCUGAAUUCUAAGAAGUGGGUAUAUGGAAUUCCCAAUAUUGUGAAUCCUGAGAAGUCAUAUGGGAUAUGCAUGAAAGGCAAGUAA